CCGAGGCUGAGCCUUGGCUUUAAUUUGAGUGUUCUAGCUCUAAGGUGCAGAUCUGUCACAACAAUAGGUUUCUUUUCAGUCAUGAUUGUUUGGAGGGGAGGGGGCUCAGAUCAAAAUGUUAACAUACACUGUAUUUGGUUUUGAACUGAAAUUCAACGGUACCAGACAGUCGCAUCGUAGGCCUAACGUUAAGCCCCUAAUGCAAUUGUUACUUGCACGUUUUGACCAUUUUGUGUUCUAUCUAGACCCAUAAAUAGGGUCCAGUAGAUAUCGGUGGAGUGUACAGUACAUGUACAUAUUCGUAUAGCAUAUAGUACCCUGUUUAUGAUCGAAUCUAGGUUCCCUCUGGCUAUUCUUGCUGUAGUAAGCCUACAUGGAUGAAUGGAUGCAGCUACCUGGCCUGAAUCAAACGGGUGAUCAUGAAUUGGUACCGUUCGCAAUCAAAGACUUCUGGAUGAUAUGGGGUCAUGAGCUCAUCAAGCCGUUGAUCUUCCCAGUUGCAAAGGUGAUAUGGGAUGACGAGGUUCAAGUUGAAGACAGUGCCAGCGGUUCGCUUUGCUGGAGGGCGCUCUUUAACCCGCUGAUGACGAUAGACUCAGAGGGGGGUGGCAAGAACGAGAGGACGGGAGGAAUGAAGGCGCUAAUCCAAAGCAUUGUGCGGAGACUAAGAGGGCAGGUCCCAGACGGUGACGUCGAUAUACAGGACCGCAGUUGCACCCCACAUCUUUGUAGGGGAGUUUGUUUCCAGCAAUCACUAACCAAAUUUGCAAAACCAAGUUCUGUGCCAUCUUAGCUGACAGCGUCAUCUGAUGUUGAUGGAUGGUUAGUGUUGCAAACAGCCUUACAUUGUUCUCAAAUGGUACGGUACCACCCACGCUAGUAAAUUUCACACACGAAUAAUGUCUUUGUCCAGUAGGAUAUUAACUUUCUGAUUCAGAUGCUUAAAAGCAUGGUACCAUCUUAAUAGUACUCACUGAUUCUAGUUGCUGGAAACCUUUGUUACCAAGACUGGUCCUUCUAAUAGAGAUACUUGCUUGAUGUAAAAGCCUCGUGUACAUUCAAGUUAUUAUCCUCCGAUCUGGGACCCAUUUGUACACGGUUGCUGUGUAGAAACCUCUUUCACUUUUCUAGAUUUACAUGAAAUGCACAAUUUGCCAGCAGAUCAGACCAGAAACUACUACUGAAAUGUUUUCUGUUCACUGCUGAGCCCAAGGUAAAAGAUUUCUUGAUGGAUUUGAUUUAAAACAAAGACUUAGGAUGAUGGUUUGCUUUUUAAAUCAUGGUGUUUUUUUCAAGCAACGGAAUGAGUUCCUGGUUUGAUAAAUAAUCUGUUGAAUUGGAUUUCUGUUUUCUAAAGUGCCAGUGAAAUGUGCAAAUCAUGAUUUUUAUAUCAUUGUAAUAAAACAGUGCUUUUUAAAUUAAUGUGAGAUUGUACAAUGUGCUUUUUUCUAUGUGGCCAGCUUUUCACGGAAAGACCUGCGUUGUAGAAUUCUAAUACUGAAGCAUGGAUCUGUAUAUACAGAAACAAUGGACUCCAACACGUAUGAUGAUGGAGGGUGAUUUUUUUCUCGUCUAGCAGUGAUAUCUGGUGUGGGCAUGACCUAACAGAUAUUUGGGGAGAACUUUAAAUAGUUUACAAGGAUGUUGCUUGUAGCAAAGGUGAAAUCCAUGAUGUAGCACUCAUCUAUGCAGGAAGAUUUGCUUUAUCACAAACACAUCUUUUGCAAACUAUUCUGACCACAGUAUCCAUUUUAAUAACAUGUCCAAUCAUAAUGUAGUUUACAUCAGAUAAUUACAGAUAUACAAGUGAACAUUACCAAUGUACAAGUACAAUGAUACCCAUGCAGUGACCAUAAUAAUUAUAUACACAAACAUUUAAACACUUUGUUUAAACCCUUCUGUGUGUUAUUGGGAAUCCUAAGCCUUUAUCUAUGAGCUGGGUACUACAUCAUGUUUUACUUUUAAAUCAAAAUAUUCAAUAAUGGUGUCACACUUGUAAAAUGUGGGAAGUAUUUUUCUUUCAAAUUACAUCAUAAAAUAUGUGUACUUUAAAAUGUAACACUUGCUAAGGUUACACGCAGAGUAUUAAAAAAAAUCAAAAGAACAAAUAUCAGACCACUGAGUCCGGUGUCUCAUUCCAGGAUUGUUGGAAGAAAGUUUCAGCUGUGAAUCAUGUGGACAAAUUCAGCAUCUGAUCAUUUUAUUCAGUGUCUGAAAUGGACGACAUUCAUCCAGGAAUUCAAGCAAUACGUACAGCUCUUUAGUAAUUUUU